AAUAUUUCUUAACCAUAAAUACAAUGCUUCUUUCUCAUUGACGAGUUUUGAUGUUCUGUACCUUUGUGUCGAGUAGGAUAUCGUUGAGAAUACCGUCAAGAUGAAAUUCACGCUUGGAAACAGAGCCGCUAUGGCGGAUACGCCUAGCGAGGUUAUGAACUGGCGUUUAUACUGGAGUACCUUUGUAUUCGGUGUUUUAGGUGCCAGUCGUGGUCUUGACGAAGGUCUCGUCGGAGGCAUGGUCACGCUAAAAAGCUUCCAGGAAGAAUUCGGCCUCGAUCACGGAUCAGAAGAACAUCAAGCCCAAGUCGAGUCCAAUAUCACCAGCAUGGUUCAAAUCGGUUCCAUCGCCGGUUCUCUCCUUGCAUUCUUCCUCUGCGAUAAGAUCGGUCGUGUUCGGUCGCUCCAGUUCCUUUGCUUGCUUUGGCUUGUCGGGUUCAUCAUCGUUGUUACCAGCCAUGGAAGCGUGGGACAGGUCCUGGCUGGACGCUUUAUUGCCGGCCUGGGUAUUGGCAUGACUGUCGUUGUUGGUCCGACAUACCUUGCUGAGACGGCGCCGCGAGCUGUGCGUGGUAUGCUCACCAAUAUCUUUGCUGGCUCUGUUUACCUCGGUGUCAUGGUUGCGUACUUCAGCAACUGGGGCGCUUCAAUCAACAUGCCUGACUCAUCUCGUUACCAAUGGGUUGCCCCCCAAACAUGCCACAUUGGUUUCUCAGGACUACUUCUGAUCCUAUCGUUCACCGUCCCCGAGACCCCUCGCUGGCUUACCAUGAAGGGCCGAAAUGAAGAGAGUACAAAGGCUCUCUGCAAACUUCGACAACUCCCAGAAGACCAUCCUUUCGUUCAAGCCGAGUUGUACGGCAUCCGCGAGCAACUCGAGCGUGAGCAAGAGGCAAUCCUCGGUGUCUCCCGUUGGGGUAAGAUUCGAGAGCUCCUUACAAUCCCUGCCAACCGAUACCGCUUUAUGCUUGGUUUCAUGGCCCAGCUCCUUGGUCAAUGGUCAGGAGCUAGCGCUAUCACUAUCUAUGCCGCUGAGUUCUUUGGUGUCCUCGGGAAGUCUGGCCAGUCUGAGAAGCUCUUCGCUACUUGCAUUCUCGGUGUUGUCAAGCUGGUCUCUGCCUAUGCAUGCGCUUUCUUCCUGGUCGACUUCAUCGGCCGACGUCGAUCGCUAUAUGCUGGCAUUACUCUUCAGACUAUCUCAGUCUUGUACAUCGCCAUCUUCCUCGCCAUCGUUGGUACCAAGACACUCGAAGAUGGAACCUUGACCAGCACCCAGAAGCAUGCUGGUGUUGGUGCAAUCGCAAUGCUGUACAUCUCAGGUGUUGGCUGGACCAUGGGAUGGAACUCGUUCCAAUACCUCGUCAACGCUGAGAUCUGGCCCCUCCGCCUUCGUGCCCUGGGUAGUUCCAUCACCAUGUGUCUCCACUUUGCGAAUCAGUACGGUAACACCAAGGCUGUUCCACUCAUGCUGCUUCACAUGACAAGCAGUGGAUUCUUCUUUUUCUGCGCUGCUGUUUGUAUCCUCGGGCUCAUCUGGGUCUGGGCAUUUGUUCCCGAGAUGGCUGGACGAUCACUUGAGAGUACUGAUGAACUGUUCUCUCUGCCUUGGUACAAGAUUGGUCGCUAUGGAAACAAGCUGGCGCCUGAUAAUGAAGCCAUCUUGGCGAGGGAUGAGAAGGCUGAGAUGAAGCGAGAGGUGGAGGUGAGCCAGCUAGAACAGGCCUAGAGAUAUUUGUCUAGCAAACAAGUUACAACUUCUUCCAAAUCCGUGACAAGGUAGUAACUUUCAAAAUAAACAAUUCUAGUUUUAUACGAAAGCGGCAAAGACUGCUUCGCCUCUCAUCAUCCUUCUCAACCCCGCAAGCCUGAUACAGUAAUCAAGAGUCGACUCUUCCCACCGACGGCCAUAAGAGCCUUUCAGUAUUGUCGAGUACUGCCUUUUGCCACUCCAUGGCCUUAUAACGCACUCGCCAUUAAAAGCAUGGUCUCUCAGCUUCUUCUGGUCUUGAAACCUCCCAACCAGUAGCCACCAAGUGAUUUCCGGAUAAGGCAGACUACUUUUUACUCCACUGACCAUGUCCCCAUUCUCAUCAGUGUAUUCCAGACAGGCGCCUCGUCGGACAAGCAACUUGACCAGUUCAAGAUUCCUGAUAGAAAUGGCACACAUAAGUGGUGUUCCAAACCAUGAGCCCACCCUAUUUACGUCUGCUCCAAGGUCUACCAAGAGACUGGUCGUCUUCGCAUCGAAUCUGCAUACCGCUAAACAAAGCGGUGACCCUCGGUAUCUGCCCCUCAUGUUUAACAGAACACCCGCGUCCUGGGGUGGUAAAGACUUAUAUAAACGCUUGAUCUGGCUCGUUGUGCAGAAUAUGAUGGCGCCGUUGAGAAUGCUGUCUGGAUUUGAUGGAUGAGCAGGUAAAGGUCCAUCGAGCCACCGGGAUUGAGAUAGAUAGUCGACAUAUUUGCCUUGAAGCAAAGGGAAAGCAAGCAUAGGUAUUCCGUCAUCGCUCUCAUGGUGGAUAUUAAGCCCUUUUGACAGAAGGUACUUGAAAGUCGCCAGUGAUGAACAUUGCGCUGCCGUACAAAGCAAAUUCGACCCCUCUAUGCUCCUAUACUGUAGCGAAGAUGGUCGCUCUUCUGCCAGGACUUUUACUGUGUCCAAAUGGCCCAUGAAAACAGCCAACGACAUGGCAGUGUUACCAUACAUGUUCCUAGUUUCAACAAAGGCAUUGUGUCGAAGUAGCUCUCUCACAACAAGGACAUGGUUAUUGGCGGCGGCGAUGAUCAAAGGUGUAUCGUUACGCUUAUCAAAAGCAUUCACAUUAGCGCCUUGAUUUAUCAAGAACUUUACCAUCUCGGCAUUUCCAACUGAUGCAGCAGCUUGAAGUGGUGUUCUAUUUGCAAAUGCGACUGGAUUGUGGUAAUUGAUGAGAGCUGAUUUGAACUGUUCGGCUGUAUCACCGCCAAGGGCGGAAUUAAGUCCACCCUUCCAUGCGUUGCUGGCUAUGUUACUACACUUUGAUCAUACCUGAACAGGCGCGACUUACUAAUAUUCGUUGAUAUUCUCUCUGAACUGACUCAGUAUGAGCUUCAGGACAUUCAAGUUGUUUUUGACAAUGGUCUGGUAAAUGGCGUCAACAAGCUGUACGCGCGUGAUUGAUCGUGACUUCAAAGCAGCUGAUAGCAAUUUCUCAAUAAAGGAUGAUGAAUCCAUGGCAAUGACGGCAUGAGAGAAUAGGUGCUGAGUCGUGUGGCGUUUGCAGAAACAGCUGUUUGUGCUUGCACCCUCGUCGAGUAGCCAAUUGACGAUUACGGGUUUCUGAGCUCUUAUAGCGGUGAAGAUAGGGGGACAGGAGUGACAACUUGGCAAAGGAUGGUUAAUCAAACACCCUUGACUGACAGCAAUUUUGCACUGCUCAAGAUUGCCAUUCAUAAUGGAAUCUUCAAAUCCUCGUCUUCGGGCAAGCUUUAGUCCUUCAUUGAAUGUCAAAUCCUUUAUCAUAUCUCCUGUGGCUGCAACCUGGCCUCGGGGAAGGGGAGAGCCUGACGCUAGUAACAACGAGGCAAGCUCGUUGAAACCAGUCUCGAGCGCAUAAUCGACUGCGAGCUUCCCUUCAUGAUCUUGAGCAGAGAGGUUUAUCCCCUGAUCUAACAACAUCAGACAGCAAGCCAUAGACCCCCUCAUCGCUGCAUAGUGAAGCGCAGUUCUUCCGUAGGGAGUGCUGAUAUUGAUAUCAAAGAAGUGAUUGUCGAAGAAGUAUGAUAGGAAGUCCGGUAAGUCAGCUGAAAAGUGUAGUAAACUGACUUCGUGGUCAAGUAUCUGUUUCCUUGUCUUUGCCUCGUCCGUGCUUGUCCAUGUGGCACAUGGAGCAAGCUGCCAUUGGGAAGGACUAGAAGACUUUUCGACUAUCCACUUGAGUAUAUCAAGCUGGCGGUUGGCGAUGGCCCAUUGGGGGAUUCCCCAGCCAUGAGGGUCAACCGCAAAGGGGUCGUGUCCAAUAUCCGAUAGGCACUUUACCAGUGAUAAGUCGUUUUGUUUUGCAGCCUCAAUGAUCAACGGUAUUGCAGGGGUGAUAGAUGAGUGAACUAGUCCCUUUUCGUCUAGUGCUUUGAUCAGGGAUGUCUUAUCUAGGCUUGAACCUUUGACAACCAGCUCGAGUGGGCUUUGGCCAGUCAGGCCAAUAGCGUUGAUACUUUGAGAAGUAACAUUCUCCAGAAUGGCCUUGAAUGUUUCGAUAUUUGCUUCUCCACACGCUGUCUCAAAUAGUGACGUUGGGCUGCUUGACAUAUCCUCAGGGACCCGUCGAUGAACGUCAACACCGAGAUCAAUGAGCUUAACUAUAACUUCUGGACUGGCCCUCGACAUAGCUAAGUUGAAGAAACGGUAGCUAUCGUCGACAGCCUGAAGCGAAAUAUUAAAUUUUGAAGAGUCCAUGACUUGGGAUAAAAGAGUGAGAAUCGAUGUUGAGCAGAAAUGAUAUCUUGUCCAAUACUUCAGGGAUCCGAAUAGUGGAACUAAGCCAGAUAUCUUCCUUGUACUCUCAUACGAAGAAAGAACACCGUGAUUGAAGAGUGUUGCCAGAUCUCUAGAGAAAUAAUAAUAGCAUUCACCGGGGACAAAGAUAUCUACUGUGCAGCAGAUCUCCUCCACCUCCAGGCCAGCACAAACAAGUUGCCAGGCGUGCUUCACUUCCCCAGCGUUUGAAAACUCAUGGUCCUUUGGGAUGAGAAUCUUCAGCAUUUCGGGAUCCAAGGGUAUCGUCUUGUCCAAAUUUUCAGGAACGUUGUGGGCGAGCCAGCGCUCGAAGAACAGUUGGAAUGGGAACUUCCCUGCACUGUCAACGCAAAAGGGAUCGUAGAGUUCGGUUAAACAUCGAGCAAACUCUGGAGUGCAUGUAGCAUGCAGGUGGUGCAUAGGCGUCGAUUCUGAGUUGGAAAUCUCGAAGUCUGCAAUUUUCUUAUCUCGCAAUGCAGUCAAAAGCUCUAAGGAACCAGUGAUUGCUACAUCCUGCAUUGUUGGGCUCUUUGACACGUAGUAAUUGGACUCGCCUGGUAGGAUCUCCAAUAACGCCAGCGCUGGCUUGACAUGACCUUCGUAAAGGGCAGCAGAGAAGGGUGUUCGACCAUCCUUGUCUAAAGUGGCGAGAUUCUCCAAGACGUUUCCAUCUUCUUUCUGAAGUAAGGUUAUGACCUCUUCGUGUCCAUUAUAGCAGGCCGCGUGCCACGAGGUCUGGCCAUUUUCGUCUUUAGAUCCGGGAUUCACUCCUCGAGAAAGAAGAACUGAGGCUACAUCUGCACUGUUUGACUCACAACUGAUGUGCAGACAAUUCUGUCCAGCAGUACUACAGACAUUUGGAUCAAUGCCAGAAUCAAGAAGCAUCUCGAUUAUCUUGCCGUUGUUGGCUGAUGUGCUUCUUGUUGCGGCGCUCAGCAGCUCGAAAUCGGUCGGCUUAACAACAGCGCCGCCAUAACGUGGAUCUGAGAUGAGUGUCGACAGUUCUUCGACCAGUCCAAAUCUGGAAGCAAUCUCAAGUGCUUGCCGGUACUCCAGGUCGCUAUAAUUGUAAGACGUAGACCUGGGAGCCAUACUCGGCAACUUGAGCCCACGUCCACGAGAGAAAGAUAGCGCAGUCGAUGCCAGCGGUUGCCACUGAGUACAAGCUUCUUCUCCAACAACUUAAGAAUAGCCUUGAGCACCAAGUCAUCAGAUUCAUCUUUCCACUCGAAAUUUGAAAAUGCCGUGACUGCAUCCUCCGGUACGGCAGACGUUGGACGGAUGAAUUGAAGAAGAUAAUGACUGUCCAAUGAAUCAAUGGCAUAAGCCAUGCAGCUAUGGCCCAUGAUGGGAAAUGCAGUAUCAGCGCCGUUAUCCAGUAGAACAUUAAUUGUGCGAAUCAUACAGUCGAUAACCUGAGGAUCUUUCAUCUUUCUACCGAGAAACCCUUCAUCUUUCAGAGCGAUAGUCAUGGCCAAUGGGGUAGAGUUAUCUCGCACGACAUUUACGUCAACGCCACUGUCAAUAAGGAACUGACACAACUUGGGGCUUAGUAUUAACACCGCGAAGUGAAGGGGGCCGUUGGAAAGUUGAUGCAUAGUCGACAGUUCGUUCUGUCCCCCAGACAGCACUGUAUGAGCCCAUGCUCUAAAGUUGCCGGUCUUGUGGAUAUCGAAGAGGCGCUUGAGAAGUUCCAGAACGGGUUCUUCUUCCAUGACCUUUAAGUGCAUGGGAUAGGUACUUGUGCUUCUUUGUACUCCGAGAGGCGUAUACGUGGCGAACUUGUAGAACGGGUGCUUUUGAUUCCUCUCUUUAGCGUAGGCUUCCUCGACUGUAUCAAUGAUAGUCGGCACCCGAUCGAAGUGCGGAAGCAACAGAUAGCCAAUUGAAGCUUGCACGAAUGAUUGAUAAGCAGUGACUUCAGAGUACUGAAAAUCACCAACUUCAGUCCGUUCCAAGUAUUCCAAGACGGUAAAGUGGGCAAACUCAAAGUAGUUACCAUCCAGAGACUUGCGUAGCAGGCAGCCACAGUUACGGGAGAUGAUUUCUGGUUCGAUAAUAUCGUCGGCUUCAAAGACAUCCAUACCCUCCUGAAACGAGACUGCUUCGCAUAAGCUGGCGAUAUUCAUCUUCGGUGAUCCUAGUGCUGUCCACUGGAGAGCUCUUCGAAUACAGUCUUGUGUUUGAGGCGGGCAUUGCAUGACUCUCUGAAGAACUCGAUCAUAUGUCUCGUUCAGAGUUGGGGGUAGUUCGCUGAGAGCCUUUCUUCGGGCUUUAUUAUUGGGAAGGUUGCAAAUAUGAUCAAUCUGACAAGCGACCCAUCGAAACCUAGGAAACGAC